UCCUGUUUGCUUUUUGUGCGUCGCUUGCUUUCCUCUGCAGUGCUCUGCUUGCUUUCGUGUGCUCUGCCAAAGCAAUGACGCAUGGGGUUACGCGUUCGAGUUAUUCGGUGACAGGUGGCCUCGGGCGGCUCAGCGCGUUGUGUUCACGAUCUGUUGCAGUGCUAUUCGUGUUUUGUCUCGCACUGCCAAGCAAAUUGCGUAAAAAACGCGCGCUAGCGUACACUGACAUACUAGGAAUAUGCUGUGCUCUGUUUUUUGCCGUCAUAACAGCAACUGACUCGCAACACGACGCGGCACCAGUCAGGCACUAAUAGCGUGGGCCCGUGCGCCGCUCCUCAGAAGUUUGUGCGGACACCAAGCGCCGCAUCUCAGUGGGACAGCAGCUGCAGCCUCCUCAGUGGCUUGGUGCAGCGUGACGCGCACCCGUCGUCGCGGUAACGCCAACGAUGCGCGCGCUCGCGCUGACACCUUUACUCGUGGCAGCACACGCCCUCGUCGCGCCGCCGCGGCGCGCGACGAGACGCGAGGCCGCGCCGUCCUCGGACGAGUUCCCGACCGAUGCCCCGGCCAGGACGCAGGAGACCUACCUCGACCGGCUGGCCGCGUACGCCGACGAGGACGGCUACACCUUGGAUGCGCCGACGCGCUACUCCAUCGCGGACUGGUGGCUGAACUUGCGGAACCUGCCGUCGUCGAGCGUGCUCCAGCGGGUGCAGGGGCACCUCGUGGCGAACACGUUUUUUGCGAUUCUCGUGUCGGGUCUGGCCUACGCGAUACGAGCGGAGCACCUCGCGUUUGACACGACACUCCUGGAAGCGGAACACUUGAACUUGGGGGCGCCCUUCGAGCUGAGCGGAGGCAUCCUGGGCAUCCUGCUCGCGUUCCGGACGUCGCAAUCUUAUGACCGGUUCUGGGAGGGCCGCCAGGUCUGGGCGAAGGUCGUGAAUAGGGUAAGAGCGACGGCGCGGACGUGCCGAGCGUACGUCACGACGGCGGCGCCCGAACAUGAAGCAGAGGAGACCGCGGCGCUGCUGCGAUGGCUCGAGGCCUUCCCUUUGGCCCUCAAACAGCAUUUGAGAGGAGAGCGCCGCCUCGACGAGUUCCACUGCCUCGGGAAUGAUGAGAGGAGAGAACUGGAAUCCGCGGACAAUUUACCAUUAGCGUGCACGUACGCUCUAUCAUCUAGGGUGGAUGCGGUGCGAAGAGCGUCGGAAGACACGCAGUCCGCCUCUCAUCUCCUCUGGUGGCAGCUCGAGAGCUUACUGUUGGAACUGCAAGACGCCAUCGGCGACGCGGAAGCCAUCGCCGGGACGCCCGUGCCCCUCUCCUACUCCAGACAUACGUCUCGCUUGCUAUCGAUCUGGACGCUGGGAAGCCCGAUCAUCCUCGUCCAGUCCAUGCCUUUGUUAUUGGUACCACCAGCAACAGCAUUACUCUCGUGGAUGCUCCUCGCGACCGAGGAGAUCGGGCACAUCAUCGAGGAGCCCUUCGGCAUCCACGACGACCGGCCGAAGAUCCUGCCGCUGCAGCGGUACUGCGAUAUUGUUUCCAGGGAUUUGGCCGAGGAGAACCGGUUGGUUGAACGAGCGGUCGCGGGCAAGCGUGGGGCGGCGGAGGUGGACGAGGUUGCGGACGUCGGGGGGCUCUAUUAAUUGUUUCGUUUUA